AUGGGCAACACUGGUGUUCCCGACUACGCCUCGCAGACUCCGAUGGCGCAAGGUCACCGCAACGACUACGACCCCUCCUGGGACUCCAAGUCCGCCAAGUCGUACAACAGCAGUUUCGCUGGCUCCCAGGCCCACCUCAAUCCAUACGAGAUGGCCCAGGUGAAUGCACCCCCCAUGCCGCCAAUGCCCUAUCAGCAACAGCAGCAGUACCCCCCGCCCCAGCAGCGCCCGGGCAUGUACCGCGACCCCAGUAUUGCGGGGUGGUCUGUCGCUAGGGAGAAGCUCAUGAAGCGCCGCUCCGUGAAGCAAGUGAAGCUCUUCCAGGGCAAUCUCGUGCUCGACGUGCCCGUGCCAUCCAACAUCCUCCCCCCAGGCGGUGCGGAGGUUGAGGAGUUCUCCAAGAUGCGCUACACGGCCGCCACCUGCGACCCGGACGACUUCAUGUCCUCGCGCUAUUCCUUAAGGCAGUACCUCUACAAACGCGAGACGGAAUUGUUCAUCGUGAUGACUAUGUACAACGAAGACGAAGUGCUGUUCGUCAAGACGAUGAAUGCUGUCAUCAAGAACAUUGUACACCUAUGCAGCCGCAACCGCUCGAAGAUGUGGGGCCCUCAAGGAUGGAAGAAGGUCGUCGUCUGCGUCGUUUCUGAUGGACGGAACAAGGUCAACAAGCGGACGCUUCAAGUCCUCAGUCUGAUGGGAUGCUAUCAAGAAGGUAUCGCAAAGGAUUCCGUUGGCGGAAAGGACGUUACAGCCCACAUCUUCGAGUACACGACCAAUGUCAUUGUCACCGAGACCGGCGAAGUCUCUCAGAACGCCUGCCCUGUCCAGGUCCUCUUCUGCCUCAAGGAGCAGAACAAGAAAAAGUUGAACAGCCACAGGUGGUUCUUCAACGCUUUCGGUCCUCUCCUUAAACCCAACGUCUGUGUUCUCCUUGACGUCGGUACCAAGCCCACAGGAACUUCCAUCUACGAGCUCUGGAAAUGCUUCGACAAGCACAAGAAUGUUGGCGGCGCUUGUGGAGAGAUCUGCGUCGACUCGGGACGCGCAUGCAACCUCGUCUUGAAAUCCCCUCUUGUCGCUUCUCAGAAUUUUGAGUACAAAAUGUCGAACAUCUUGGAUAAGCCACUUGAGAGUGUCUUCGGCUACAUCAGCGUGUUACCUGGUGCCUUCAGUGCCUACCGUUACAAGGCUCUUCUCAACGGUCCAGAUGGCAAAGGACCUCUUGCCUCUUAUUUCAAGGGUGAGACCAUGCACAGCGGAGGAAGCGGUGCCGGUCUCUUCGAGCGCAAUAUGUAUCUCGCAGAGGAUCGUAUUCUCUGCUUCGAGAUCGUGACCAAGAAGCGCGAAGGAUGGGUUCUGAAGUACGUCAAGAGCGCAAAAGCCUCAACCGAUGUCCCCGCCAGUGUCCCCGAAUUCAUCUCACAACGUCGUCGCUGGCUCAACGGUUCUCUCUUCGCCUCUAUACACGCCACCGUGUUCUUCUUCAAGAUAUGGGGGUCUGGCCAGAAUUUCUUCCGCAAGAUUUUCCUUCAGAUCGAGUUCAUCUACAACGCCGUUCAGCUCCUGUUCACAUGGACGUCGCUCGCCAACUUCUACCUCGCUUUCUUCUUCCUCGUGUCCUCUGCAACAAAAGAAGGCACAGAGGAUGCUUUCAAUUUCCUAAGCAAAGGUGCUGGCAAAGCCGUGUUCGAGGUCUUCCUAAAUCUCUAUAUCGGUCUUCUGUUUGUCGUCCUUGUUUGUUCUUUGGGAAAUCGGCCACAGGGCUCGAAAUGGACGUAUACGGUCGCGAUGUUCCUCUUCGGCUUAUGUAACAUCAUCACGACCUGGUGUGCUGGCUUUACGGUUUAUCUCGCCGUUCCUCAUGACAUCGAAGGAUGGAGGAACUUCCCGCAACUGUUCAAGGAGAACAAGACACUGCAAGAAGUCGUCGUCGCCCUCCUCGCCACGUAUGGAAUGUACAUCAUCAGCUCGUUUAUGCAUCUCGAGCCCUGGCACAUGUUCACCAGCUUCGCACAAUACAUGUUCCUCCUCCCGUCGUACGUUAACAUUCUCAUGAUGUACGCCAUGUGCAACUUGCACGACGUCACAUGGGGUACGAAAGGAGACAACGGUGCCGCAAAGGACCUCGGCGGGGCCAAGAAGGUCAAAGGCGAGGACGGCAAAGAGAUGAUGGAGGUCGAAAUUCCGACAGCUCGCGAAGACGUCGAACAGCUCUGGCAAGCGUCUGGGGCGGCUCUCAGACACCCACCACCCGAAGAGAAGGAGCAUCGCGAUGCCACCACCAAGCAGGCUGACCAUGACAGAAACAGCCGCACCAACGUCGUCCUUGCGUGGGUCGGUUCCAACAUGAUCAUGAUUCUCUUCUUCACAUCCCCUGCGUUCACGGCAUGGGUCGAGGAGCACGUCACGAAGGACGGCAACACCGCUUUCAACCCUUACCUCUCUUUCCUCUUCUAUGCCUUUGCUGGCCUGUCACUUAUUCGUUUCACUGGGUCCUUACUUUACCUCCUUCUCCGGCUAGUGGGCCUAUGA